CUUGCACCGAUGCCAGCUAAACGAUCUGUGAUUUGAAUCCGAAAAAUAUCGGCAUUGCUAAAUUUUAUUCUAACAGCUCAUCCGUUAGAUUUUUAUUUGAUUUUUAUUGCAUACAGUUUAUCCACAAAUUCGACCAUGAAGAUCCCCAAAGAGGUGCAGUGCCGGACAUGUGGACAGGUGUUCUGUUGUGCGAAGUGUCGGCAGAAGCAUGAGAACAAUUCCCAUCAAGAAAUGCAAGCUAUAAGACAGAUUUGCUACAUCUGUAACAACAGACCCUUCCCGCUGCGGACGGAUACCAAGAUAACGCCGAAUAAUUUGCUAAUCCAGCAUAUCAUGACCGAGCAUCUGCCACUCCGCUGCAAUCGAUGUUCCAAGGUAUUCCUUACCGCAUCGGAUUUCAAGGCCAUUGUACGAUGCACACCGUUCGGUGACAGCAAUACCAACACAUCCAAUCAUGCUUGUAGUUUAGAACAUAGUCCCAAUAUCCCCACCAUUUUGGAAACCCCCGUAGAAAGAAAUGCUGCAGUAGAGAACAAAGAGAACAUAGAAGAUAAUGGAGGCUCAUUUGAUCAACUUUGCAGCAACCGUAAAAACAGGUUCCGACCUACGGCUGCGAUAAAAGCUAAAGAUCCUAGUAAUGUAUUGGACAAACCUAACAUAUCUAAGGAACUAAUGGGAAUUACUGAUCCAUAUGAGCAAAUCGAAAAACCAAAUGAAGCACUUCUGACACCACUUUCUAAAAUCAACCUGCGAUGGAAACGUAAAAGUCAAAGCUUUGACACAAGUAAUGGUUCUGGAAAUAUGUCCGCCCUUAAUACAUCUGAAGCAGUAGUAUUUCCGAUCCCUCACAGUGCGAGCAAAAAGUUGGCUCGCACGACAUCGACACCAAUGAUGAAUGGAUUUGGUCCUAACGCAAAAUGUUCCUAUGAGUCGUAUUCCAGUGUGCUUGGACAAAUGUCCAGCAUCCAUCAUAGUGCCAAUGAGUCCUCCUAUGCCAAAAAUGACGAUCAUACGACAGCCUCACCGGCAUCGUACGAAUUUGAGAAAGUUCGGGCCAUUAUCAAGAGUCGCUCCAAAAUCGCUGCCACUCCACUCCGUCAGGUCAUGUCAAAAAGUAUACAACGAGCGAUUGCACAGCACGGCCACUACUCGAAAAUGUUGGCGCCGGGUACUCAGCGUAAGAUGAGUUUUAAUUCCACGGGAAGUAGUGGCACAAACAGCACAGUCGGAUCCCCAUCCCGUAAUGCCAUAGAUCUCCGAACAACGCCUGCAUUGAAAAGAGCAUCAAGUGAGAUUUGUGUUGGAUUUCGGAAAAGUAUCAAAGUGGCUUCCUUACAAAAAUCGCAAAGUGAAGAUUGUGGUCUCAACCAGACUGAAUCCCAGUAUUAUGACACACAUCAAAAUGAAACAUCGCUCGAAACUGAUGGCAGUAUAACUCAAGAAAAUUAUGAUAAUCACAGAAUCGACGAGCGAAGUAUCAUCGCAAACGAUCUGGCAAAUCUCAAGUCUUUCCCCAGCUACUACCAGGACACUCCAAAAAUGGCUGGCGGAAUACUCAAAAAGGUCAUAUCGUUCACAACCCCUGAAAUGACUCGGAUUGGCGAGCACCAACCUGAUCCAGACGAAACUGCCGACGUUUGGGCAACACCCAGUUCUAUACCACCGCGAAGUUUCAGUUGCUCGGCACUUCAAGAAACAGGUCUUAAUUCGUUCGUUUCUGACAGCAACUGUGACGAUGUAUUUCAACCUCCGAUGAGAUCUAAAUCAUGCCAAAAACUAAGAAUGGAUCCACCAAAUUCUAUACCGAGUACCGGAAAACUUUGGAGCAUUGUUUCAAAUGUUAUCAGAUUGGCAUCCCGAGCGGAUGUUCGAGAUGAUUUGGGUUCCGAUAACCCGGAAUAUUCCAGUGAUCCCGAUAAUGGUGACAGUGGAGGUGGUUCUACCUUUCCCAAAAAUUUGGUACGAAGGGCAAGUUCCUUUGCAGGAUUUUUAAGAAAUCGACUACCGGGAAGACCGCUGCAGACAAGUACCUCUCCCGAGUCAGACGAACUUCCAUCGCCUAACCGGUCCGGAGGGUUAGGAAGUGCCACGAAGCGAAGACGUACUAACUCUGUGUAUAGCAGACCGUACGAAAGUGUUGCGAUGCGCCCCAUUUCAAGUCCGUUGGCGAAAAGAAAACGCAUUCAAGGAAGGCAACCUAUUGAGCGGAUGCGGAACAACAGCCGUGGAAGCAGUGGAAGUGAUUAUUAAAUAACGGGAAUAAGAGGCAAUCCUAGGCGAGUAGCGAAAUAGUUUUAUGUCAUUCAUAAGUCAAUGUAGAUUCUAAGCCUAUAGAGAUAAAGCCAAGUUCUCACAAUUUGUAUUCUAUCACGAAAGUAGUCCAUGUAAGGCGUGGCGUGACAUUCAUUGAUUUUUGUUGGUGCCAUAAUUUCUCAUUACGUGGUGUAAAUUAAUUGAAUAAAGUGCAUGAUUCUAUUGGAAGAGUUUAA